CGAAGAAGAAAACAGUUACGCAGGUGUUUACGUUUUCCUACUUCCGUAGCAGCCGAGCGGAAAAACGCUAACGAGUCCAAACUGGACUAAAAACCCUAAAUUAAGAAGAAACUCUCGGUCAUGUCUGUUGUUUUUAACUCAAGUCUUAGAGAUGCCUGACAGAUAAACAUAGCUCAGGUCGGCUGUCGGCGCUUUAUCGCGAGUUUUCGCCUCAAACAGCGAAGCUAAAAAAGCUAAAAAAGGAGCUAAUUAAUCAAACGUGGCCUGAUCCGUGACUCUGUCACUCUGUCACUGAGUCCCAGCGCUAAUUUAAACACUUUUAACUAAAGGCAGUCAUGGCCACAAGGCGUCUGACCGAUGCCUUCUUGUUAAUGCGGAACAAUGCGAUCCAAAACCGGCAGAUAUUGGCUGAGCAAGUGAGUACACACGACCCCCGUCUGAGUACACGUAGCAAUGCUGCGGAGCUUGAUGAGUUGGCUGAUGAUCGAAUGGCCCUGGUGUCAGGGAUUAGCCUUGAUCCUGAAGCUGCCAUUGGAGUCACCAAGAAACUGCCCCCCAAAUGGAUAGAGGGGGUUGAUGAGAUCCAGUAUGAAAUCACACGGGUUCGGCAGAAGAUGAAGGACCUGGCCGUACUUCAUGACAAGCACAUGAAUCGCCCCACACUUGAUGACAGUAGUGAGGAAGAGCAUGCCAUAGAGAUCACUACACAGGAGAUUACACAGAUGUUUCAUCGAUGCCAGCGAGCUGUGACGGGUUUGAAUUCUCGUUGCGGCCACUGCACCGAUCAGGAGGAGAAGCUGUUGAGAAACGUGGUGUCAUCCCUGGCACAGAGCCUGCAGGAGCUGUCGACCAAUUUCAGGCAUACGCAGUCCGGCUACCUAAAACGUAUGAAGAAUCGUGAGGAGAGAUCAAAGCACUUUUUUGACUCCGGACCCCUGAUGGAAGAAGAUGAAGAGUUAGCUGUAUAUGACAAGGGGUUCACAGACGACCAGCUGAUGCUGGUGGAGCAGAACUCGGUCAUGGUGGAAGAGCGAGAGAGGGAGAUCCGGCAAAUCGUGCAGUCCAUCUCGGAUCUGAACGAGAUUUUCCGGGACUUGGCUGGAAUGGUGGUGGAACAGGGCACCGUUCUCGACAGAAUUGACUUCAAUGUGGAGCAGGCCUGUGUUAAAACAGAAGAUGGAAUGAAGCAGUUACAAAAGGCGGAACAGUAUCAGAAGAAAAACAGAAAGAUGCUGGUCAUUUUGAUCCUCUUUGUCAUAGUCAUUGUUCUAAUUAUUAUUCUUUUUGGAACAAAGUUUUAAUCAUGCAUUCCUCUUGGCUUUUUGUUUUCUGUGUGGGUGUUUUGUCGUGCAUCUGUGUGGACUUGGACUCUGUCUCGGUUCUCCUCAAAACAAAGCUGACUGCCUUCCAUACCCGACAGGAAACGACGAAAAAAGGAACGUUUCCUUGCAGGUGCACUGGAGAUGAUUUGUGUGUGAUUUUAAAUGAACGAAACAAUCAACAAUAUGUCUGAGCCGUGGCUGUUUUUAUCAAGUGAGUCACACCCAAAUCGCCAAGACUCUGUGACCAGAGGUUUGUCAAACAUGUUGACAUAUGUCUUAACAGCAGAAAAACACGUUGUGAUGUGUAUAUAUAAAAAAAAAAGGACUACCAAUGUUCAAAUGCUAAAGCAGAGUGUUCUCUGCUUGAACUCGAAGCACGAAUUGUGACGUUUGUUGUGUGACAAUGCAUCAUUUCUGUCCAGUAUCAUUGCGAACAUUUUGUUUCUGUGAGAAAGAUGUGACAUGAACGAAUGUUUGUGGGGGAAAAAAAAAGGAAAGUAGAUCUCUGCAAAUUAAUUUUCAUCCCAACGUUGCAUUUACGUCGCAGCUCAGUAUUUAACUUGAAAGACAAGAAGAAAAUGUUUUAGUAUUAGGACGACACCGGUCAAUGAUUAGAAAAAUCAUAUAGUACCAAAUAUAUUCCUUCGGUUUAAGGACCACCUGUUUUCUUUAUUACUUUACUCCCCAAUUUAGUAAUAAUGAGAAUGUGUUAUUCCUCUGUUGGUGUCAGGAGGGCGUAGACCGCCGUGAGCUCCCUCCAAGUCAUCCUGUAAUUUUAAAAAACAUCAUACCUGCGUCACACCUGGCCGCACUCUUCAUGAAGUGCUCAUUCUUCAAAAACACUCCCUUGUGUUUUGUUUGUUUCGUGGUCCUUGCAUAAAGUGCUACCUUUUAUGAAACUCUUGCAGUUUGCACAUAUUGUGGCCUGAGUGGGAGCGGUGGUCGUGUUAUGGAUGUAAUACUACUGUCAUCCGUGUGAUGAAAAGAAUUAUUUAUUUUUGAAUAUCUUCAAAUAAUCAAGCGGUUCGGAGCUGUUCUGUCCGAGGCAGAAUCACUGUAUGUUUAGUAAAGUGUAUCCGUAGUCUAAACCCAACAGUUAUUGUCCUUUCCGCUGAGAAACCCGAUGCAGACGUAUG